CUGAUAAAUCCAAACAGUACAGUAAUCAGUAAUCAAAGCUUUAACAGUUCUAUCGAACGCAUUGUUGAUGGUUUAUCAUACAACGAUGAUGAUUGUGAUAAUUUUGUCUUCCUUUUCGCCCUUGUGGCAGCAGUCAGUGCCUCGGAUUAUUCCGCCUUCUCUUAUGGUGUUGCUGAUCCUUACACCGGUGACUACAAGAGUCAGAUUGAGAGCCGCGCCGGUGACAAUGUACAAGGCCAAUACUCUCUCCUUGACGCUGAUGGAACUCGCAGGACUGUCGACUACGCCGCCGGUGCUGAGGGCUUCAAUGCUAAUGUCAGGAAAGACCCCGCUCUGAUCCCAGCUGCUCCUUUCGCCUACGCCGCUCUCCCUUACGGAUAUCCCUUUGGCUACGGUGCCUUCGGUUACGCUGCUCCAUAUGCCUACAGAAGAUUAUUUUAG